AUGCCGGAUUCCGAUAGUAGUGACGAUGAGGUGGAUUCCCGGCUAUUGCAAGCCGUAGAUUCGUCCUUUCUCAAUGAGGCACUAUAUGGAAAGAAACCGCUAACCAAUCAAGGACCAUUGAUUGGUGUUAAUGUAUCUCCUUCAGCCAGCAAGAAAGAGGAACCAAAAUCAAAUCGCCACCUGGUUGAAGAGGAGACCCCGUUCCAAAGCGACCUCACAGUUACGGAGUCGAUGCAGAAACACGUUGCCGGAAAGAUAUCGAAACUUAUCGAAACGAUUGUCACUUUCGAUGAAACGUUAUCGAUAAAUGGUCCACCAGCGCUCGUUUCGAAUCCGGAUAGUGGCGCGGUUCGUCUUUUGUCCGGUUUCGACACAUACGUCGAUCUGCAAUCCGUGGAAGCUCCAUUGAAUCGGAAACCGGUGCGAGUACGCCGGCGACGGGUGGACGACGGCGAAUUCGAACCUAACCGCCAGCAAAAACUUCAAUCUGCAGUGUGUGAGCCGGACACGGUUGCAAAAGAACUGCAGCACUGGAAGCCACCAAAGCGACGCUCGACGGUGUUCUAUUACAAGCACACAUCCAGGGGAUUGUGCGAAGAAAUCGCCCAUAAGCCAGAGACUGAGUUCUCCGUACGACGGGCACAGAACGGUUGGGACGAAAGCAAGAUUCGGUCGUACAAGAAAAGAACGAAGCAGAAAAAAGGUGUAAAAAAGACUGCUCAGAAUUAA